GUAUUAGGGCUGCUGGUGUGGACCCUGAUUGCUGGAACAGAAUAUUUCCUAUAUCCGGCCUUUGGCUGGGUGAUGUUUGUAGCUGUGUUUUACUGGGUUCUCACCGUCUUCUUUCUGAUCAUCUAUAUGACAAUGACCUACACCAGGAUCCCCCAGGUGCCAUGGACCACAGUGGGUCUGUGUUUUAAUGGAAGUGCCUUCAUUUUGUACCUCAUUGCUGCCAUUGUAGAUGCAUCUUCAGUUACUAAAGAACUGGACAGUCACAAUUACAACAGCUGGGCAGCUUCUUCAUUCUUUGCCUUCGUGGUUACCUCCUGCUAUGCUGGAAAUACGUACUUUAGCUUUGUAUCUUGGCGAUCACGAACUUUGCAGUAA